UCCUCCAUUAGUGGAAAAGGAAGGGCGCCUUUUGGACGAUUUCCGCCUCAUUAUUACAAUGCGAGUGCUCUAUCUUGUAUUUCCAGUAUCUUUAAUUUACACUCAUGGCUGGUGCUAAAAACACUCAACAAUCAUCGAGGCUAGUUACAUUACAAUCACAUACAUUGCUUAAGAUUAGCAUACUGAUUCUUGUAUUCUAUGUGGAGUCUAAUGCGGGUCGGAGAAUUGAUGACCUAGUUGCUGACAACCUACGUAUAAAUGAAGGCGACAGCGCUGUCUUGCCCUGCUUCUUCUCGCCAUCUAACGCCAUUAUUGGCAAGUGGUAUUGGAAGACGAAUGCAACUGUCAUUAUAAGAUCAGACGACCAACCAAAUUCAAACUCGCGGUAUUUACUGGGUGACGCAAAGUCUGGGAACGUUAGCUUGGUUAUUAAAGAGGUGUUGCGAUGGGACAAGGGUACAUAUACAUGUGGAGUGAAUGACCAGUCUACAGGAUCAACCGUACCGCAUUCCGAUGACAGCAAAUUAACAGUAAACUAUUUGGAUAACCCUAAACUCCAGGCACUAACUGACACACAUGUACCUGAAGGUACGCGAGUAUCUAUGUCAUGUGAAGUAGUGGCGUCAUAUCCGGAAGUGAUUUUGCUCACGUGGUUGCAUGAGGGUGACGUCAUAGACAUUGCUUCUGGCAAAUACAUUUUCAAAUAUGAAAUAUUAGAAAUAAAGAAAUUUGAUCAACAUGAUGAAGGAAACUACAGUUGUAGAGCUGAAAAUGAAUUCUUUGUCGGUAAAAACGGAAAAUAUAGCAAUUCAAUUGAAUUCAGUUUUAAGCCAGGUAGGGCUAAUAAACAGGUACUGUAUAGAGACUACAAAACAAUUUUCCUUAAUGUUAUAAUAAAUUGUGUUUAAAAUAGAACAAGAUAAUAUUAUUAGAUUAGUAUAUCUAUCUGCUCCACAACAACAAUAACAUGCAACAAAAGGCCUAGU